GCAGGCUUGUGGGCGGGGAGUAUGAUCAUGCCCUCCAGAGGAAGUGAGCGCAGUGUAGUGGAAUGUAGUUGCCAUUAGUGGGAGUUGAACUGAGGCUGGCUAACCGCUAGCCUGCUAAAUUGAGUUUGAGCUGGAGACGCAGUGGGGAGUGAUGAAAACAUGCCGCACUUCACAGUUGUUCCAGUGAAGGAUCAAACUCAGUCCAGCUACGACAGUCUAGAGGGGAUUAACUGGGUUGAUUACAGAGACACUGGACAGGACUGUCUGGACCAUCAAGAUACUGUUAGAUCUGAUGGACAUGGGAAUCAUAAAGAAGACAGCCCUUUUCUCUGCACUGCUGAUUCUCCAAGCAGGAAGAAUGACUUCUAUGACCGGAACCUGGCUUUGUUUGAGGAAGAGCUGGACAUCAGGCCAAAGGUUUCUUCUCUGCUCAGCCGCUUGGUUAAUUACACCAGCAUCACUCAGGGGGCCAAGGAGCACGAAGAGGAGGAGAGCAAUGUGGCGUCACGUAGGAAGACCCCCAAGUCACCCAACAUGGGCACUCUGAUGGGCGUCUACCUGCCGUGUCUCCAGAACAUCUUUGGUGUCAUUCUAUUCCUCAGACUGACAUGGAUUGUGGGAAUGGCAGGCAUCAUACAGUCCCUCCUGAUUGUCCUUAUGUGCUGUUCUUGUACUAUGCUGACAGCCAUAUCUAUGAGUGCCAUUGCCACUAACGGUGUUGUUCCAGCCGGAGGGGCAUAUUUCAUGAUUUCACGUUCACUCGGCCCUGAGUUUGGAGGAGCUGUGGGACUGUGUUUCUACUUGGGUACCACUUUUGCGUCUGCAAUGUAUAUACUGGGAGCCAUAGAAAUCUUUUUGAAAUAUCUGGUGCCUCAGGCAGCCAUCUUUCAUGCCACAGAGCAUCUCGGCAGUGACAGUGCUUUGCUGAACAACAUGCGAGUCUACGGAUCUUUAUGCCUCAGCUUGAUGGCUGUUGUGGUUUUCGUAGGAGUCAAAUAUGUCAACAAGCUGGCCUCCCUUUUUCUGGCCUGUGUCAUUAUCUCAAUCGUUUCUAUCUAUGCUGGAGCAAUCAAAUCCAUGACUCAUCCGCCAGAAUUCCCGAUCUGCAUGCUGGGGAACAGGACUUUGGUGAGAGAUCGUUUCGAUGUGUGUGCUAAAACUGUAAUAAGAGAGAACAUUACAGUGCCAAGUAUGCUCUGGGAAAGGUUCUGCCCGCUGGGGAACAUGAGCAGUGCUCAGUGUGAAGACUACUUUGUCCAGAACAAUGUGACAGAGAUACAGGGCAUCCCUGGACUGGGCAGUGGGAUCAUCAGAGAAAACAUGUGGGGCAACUAUCUGCAGAAAGGGGAGAUCGUUGAGAAGGCAGGGCUGCCAUCAGUGGACGCCCACAGUAACAUGGAGAACUUUAUUAAUUAUGUGUCAGCGGACAUUGCUACAUCCUUCACACUUCUUGUGGGGAUCUUCUUCCCAUCUGCCACAGGUAUUAUGGCAGGCUCCAACAGAUCUGGUGAUCUCAGGGAUGCCCAGAAGUCCAUCCCGGUGGGGACUAUUUUAGCUAUAACCACUACUUCACUUGUUUAUAUAAGUUCUGUGGUCCUGUUUGGCUCUUGUAUCGAAGGUGUAGUCCUGAGGGACAAGUUUGGAGAUGCUGUUCGAAAGAACCUUGUUGUGGGUACGCUCUCUUGGCCAUCUCCAUGGGUUAUUGUCAUUGGGUCCUUCUUCUCUACUGUUGGGGCAGGUCUACAAUCCCUUACUGGUGCUCCACGACUUCUACAAGCAAUCGCAAAGGACAACAUAAUUCCCUUUCUUAGGGUGUUUGGUCAUGGAAAAUCCAAUGGAGAGCCUACAUGGGCACUGCUGCUGACUGGUCUCAUAGCUGAGCUGGGGAUCCUUAUUGCUUCACUUGACAUGGUUGCUCCCAUCCUUUCCAUGUUCUUCUUGAUGUGCUAUCUCUUUGUAAAUUUAGCCUGUGCAGUCCAGACCCUUUUACGGACACCUAACUGGAGACCUAGGUUCAAAUAUUACCACUGGGCUUUGUCGUUCCUUGGCAUGAGUAUGUGUUUGGCUCUCAUGUUCAUAUCCUCGUGGUACUAUGCCAUAGUGGCCAUGGGCAUUGCUGGGAUGAUUUACAAAUACAUUGAGUACCAGGGAGCAGAGAAGGAGUGGGGAGAUGGCAUAAGAGGACUAUCCCUUAGCGCUGCACGGUAUGCCCUGCUACGACUCGAAGUUGGACCACCACACACCAAGAACUGGAGGCCUCAGUUGCUCGUACUGUUGAAGCUGGAUGAGGACCUCCAUGUCAAAUAUCCCCGACUACUCACCUUUGCCUCGCAACUGAAAGCUGGAAAGGGCCUGACCAUAGUUGGUUCAGUCAUCCAGGGUAACUUCCUAGACAGCUUUGGGGAACUGCAGGCAGCUGAACAGGCCAUUAAGAACAUGAUGGAGAUUGAGCGGGUCAAAGGUUUCUGCCAGGUGGUGGUGGCAACAAAAGUGCGGGAAGGCAUUGUCCACCUGAUCCAGUCCUGUGGUCUGGGUGGGAUGAAGCACAACACCGUGGUGAUGGGCUGGCCGUACGGCUGGAGACAGAGUGAGGAUCCUCGAGCCUGGAAGACCUUCAUUAACACAGUCCGCUGCACCACAGCUGCUCACCUUGCCCUGAUGGUUCCCAAAAAUGUGUCGUUCUAUCCAAGCAACCAUGAACGCUUCACAGAUGGCAACAUUGAUGUGUGGUGGAUCGUCCAUGAUGGAGGGAUGUUAAUGCUCCUGCCUUUCCUGCUCAAACUGCACAAGGUCUGGAGGAAAUGCAAAAUGCGCAUAUUCACUGUGGCCCAGAUGGAUGACAACAGCAUCCAGAUGAAGAAAGAUCUUGCCACGUUCCUUUAUCAGUUGAGAAUCGAAGCUGAGGUGGAGGUUGUGGAAAUGCAUGACAGCGACAUCUCGGCAUACACCUAUGAGCGGACAUUAAUGAUGGAGCAGAGAUCCCAGAUGUUAAGACAAAUGAGGCUAUCCAGUGCAGAAAGACAAAGAGAGGCCCAACUGAUUAAAGACAGACACUCGUUGGUACGCAUGGGCAGUUUGUACUCAGAUGAGGAGGAGGAAGUGGUGGAGAUCCCUCCGGCAAAGGUUCAGAUGACAUGGACCAGAGAGAGGUGUGAGGCAGAAAAGAGAAACAGAAACAAUGCUCCUGAGAACUUCAGAGAACUCAUGAGCCUCAAACCAGAUCAGUCCAAUGUACGACGAAUGCAUACAGCUGUGAAGCUGAAUGAAGUAAUAGUCAAUAGGUCCCACGACGCUCGACUAGUGUUGUUAAACAUGCCAGGACCCCCUCGCAACUCAGAUGGAGAUGAAAACUAUAUGGAGUUUUUGGAGGUGUUGACUGAGGGUUUGGAGAGAGUGCUGCUGGUGAGAGGAGGUGGGCGGGAGGUCAUCACUAUCUACUCAUGACCUUACAGCUGCUAUGUUUUGGCUUUGGCAACAUCAGAAGACAUUCCUCCUCUGGAAAUGAGGCACUAACUGAUUUGCUUUCAAACUGUUCUGAGUAAAUGCGAAAAAUGUGUAACUUUUUGUGUCAACUUUUGAAUGCAAAAGAGGAUAAGUCUAUUUUUGUAGAAUAUAGGCACACAAGUGUACAUAUCUACCUGUUUACUCAUUACAAAUGGAAAAUGUAACCAUAUUCUUUAGAAUUCCGUGCCUGCUUGUCAAACACAAUCUUAAUAUAAGCAUUUUUUUAUGUAUAGGUAAAGUAUAAAAUAAUAAAUCUAUCAUUGAGAAUGGAACUGUCUGAAGCAAAACCUCUCCAGUCUCACUUUAGAAUGUGCAGAAUAUGUAUGUCCACAACACAUAAACUAGUAGUAGUCAGACAAAGGCUUUAAAAAGGAGAGAUUGCAGCUUUUAAUGUUGGGGAUUUUCUUUAAUGCAGUGUCCCAAAUUAUUUUAAUUUUGUCCUACUUAGACAUAGCAAAUUUUCUAAUAAGUCCAAAUUUGAAAGCUGGAAAAUCUAAUUAAAGAAAUGUCUGGCUGGAUGGACUCUAACUUAAGUCUGUUAUAUGUGAGUUCACUAGUACCACCAAUUAGGCCAUGGCUCAUUUAAGUCGAAGUGGUUGUUUCAUCUUAGUUUUGCAUAAUCGAAACGCACAUAUAAAAUUAUUUUGAAGCCUUAAAAUGUAACAUCUUUUAGGCCUUUUGAUUGAUUGAUGAAUACUUUAAUGAUCUCACAAACUGUUUUAGAAAAACUACUGUAUUUCAUUCUUUUCAUCAACAUUACUUUCACAUUUUAUAUACUGAAACUAUAUCCUGUUUGAAAAGCUGCAUUAGUUUGCCAGACCUAGAUUAUACAGCUGAUUAUUUUUCAAGGCACAGUUUUAUUUAAUAUUUAUAUUGUUAUUUAUUGUCUCCACAUUUUCCCAUUGUGGCUAUAGACAGUGUUACUGAAUGUAUGGACCACAGUACAUUACAUUGGAUGUACUGACACAUUAUUCAGUUUGUAAAUCUGGAUGCAAGUCUUAAAUUUAUUUUUAUUAGCUGAUGUUUUUUUAUUAGGAAGAGUUCAUUUUUAGAUUUGUAUCACUUAAAAUUAUGUAAAAUUAAACUUUUUCCACACUCAUAUAAAUCUGAAACUUUAUCCAUAACUAAAGCUACUACCACAUUAAUCCCAGAUACCUGUUCAGUUAUAUCAGAGCUUAAUCUGACAAUAAAAAGCAUUUUGGGCUAGUAAAUGUUUCAUGGUGCAUCUGUCUUUUUGUUUGAGUGUACAUUUGUGCCUAUAUGAUUUUGGAUAAAAGAGUCAAUGAGAAGAUAUUGUCCAUCUGCACAAUUUCAGAACUACAUGUAUGGUAGGAGGUUGGCUUGCCUUCUCUCUUACAUCAGUGUUAACAGGGUGACAUACAUAUGUGUGUUAUUACUCCUUACACUUUUCCCAGAAUAUGAUUUGAAAUGAAAAUGAAUGCAGGUAUAAUGAAAUUUAAUUGAAGAUGGUAAUAUUUGUCUCAUAACCCAGUGAUUAUGUACCGCACCACCACUAUUGGUGCUAAUUCUUACCAGAAACAAAAGUUGAAGUUAAGUUGAAAAGGUAGUCAUUUUUUCCUGGUUAAGUCAUGAG